GGCCCCCCUGCGACAAGAUGGCGGACCGCUGGGACGCUCCGGAGCUGCCGGAUUUCGACAUCUUGAAGCGUCUCGCCCGGGAUCAACUCAUCUACUUACUGGAGCAGUUGCCAGGAAAGAAGGAUUUGUUUAUUGAAGCCUCUCUGAUGAGCCCUCUGGACCGCAUCGCAAAUGUCUCCAUCCUCAAGCAACAUGACGUAGAAAAGCUGUACAAAUUGGAAAAUAAAGUGGUUCAGGGAGUGAGUGACCAACUAUGUUUUCUGGUCCGUCCCCGGAUUGCCAGCGUUAAGCAUGUUGCAGAAAUCGUCAAUGCAGAUAAAGCUGGUGCCAGGCUGCGUAAAUACAAGAUAAUAUUCACUCCUCAAAAGCUCUUUAUGUGUGAGACUGUGCUUGAGGAGGAGGGGGUCUUCGGAGACGUAACCUUUGACGAGUGGGCCUUUUACCUACUGCCCCUGGACGAUGACCUUAUCAGCAUGGAGUUGCCCGAGUUUUUCCGUGACUAUUUUCUGGAAGGCGACCAUCGGUGGAUCUGCACAGUGGCAAAAGCUUUGCAUGUGUUGCACUCCCUAUUUGGACCUUUCACAAAGACUUACGGAAUUGGCAGAUGUGCAAAGAUGACCUACGAGCUGUGGAAGGAGAUUGUGGAGGAUUCAGAGAAUGAAAUGAAACCACGUCAGCCUGAGAUUGGUCGAGUUUUCUUUCUUGACAGAGAUGUGGAUUAUGUGACUCCAAUGUGUUCUCAAGUUGUUUAUGAGGGACUUGUCGAUGAUGUGUUCAGAAUAAAAUGCGGGAGUGUGGACUUUGGUUUAGAAGUAACGUCGUCAAAUAAAAGUGUGAAAGUGUUGCUGAACUCUCAGGACAAAGUUUUCAAAGAGAUUCGGAAUGAACAUUUCUCCAAUGUGUUUGGGUUCUUAAGCCAGAAAGCAAGACGGCUUCAGGCACAGUAUGAUAAACGCCAAGGGAUGGACAUUAAACAGAUGAAGGAUUUUGUAUCUCAGGAGUUAAAGAGCUUAAAACAGGAGCAUCGGUUGCUGAGUCUUCAUAUUGGAGCGUGUGAGUCAAUUAUGAAAAAGAAAACAAAACAGGAUUUUCAGGAGCUGCUAAAGUCUGAACAUGCACUAUUGCAGGGAUUUGACAUCAGAGAGAGCACCAGCUGCAUUGAGGAACACAUCAACCGGCAGAUUUCUCCACUCGAGAGUCUUCGGUUGAUGUGUCUCCUUUCACUGACAGAAAAUGGCCUGAUUUCUAAGGAUUACCGUUCGUUGAAAACUCAGUAUCUGCAGAGUUAUGGUUAUGAUCACAUCCUGACAUUCGCCAGUCUGAAACAAAUUGGAUUGCUGACAGAGCAGCAGCCAGGUGAGACUCUGACUGCGGUGGAGAGCACCAUGGGCAAACUCGUGACGGACAAAGCAGUCGGGAAAUUGACCGAUGCCUUUUCAUCGCUGGCCAGGAAAGGCCAUUUCAGAGCUUUGAGCAAACGGCUGAACCUGAUCCCCCGCGCUGAGGAAGAGUAUGAUCUGAAGGUGCCACGGGACAUGGCCUAUGUAUUCAGUGGUGCAUAUAUUCCACUGAGCUGCAAGAUUAUAGAACAGGUGCUGGAGCGUGAUGGCUGGUCAGGAAUGGAGGAGGUGUCACGGUUCCUAAACAGUAAUGAAUUUAUCACUAUAGAAAGAUCCGUGGAUGCGGGGUAUUGUUGCAGUGCGCAGAGAGUCAUCCUUGUGGUGUUUCUCGGGGGCUGUACGUUCUCAGAAAUUGCAGCACUGAGGUUCCUGGGCAGAGAGAAAGGAUACAAGUUUGUUUUUGUUACCACGGCGAUCACAAACAGCUUUCGCAUGCUGGAAUCUCUGUUAGAAUCGUGAAAAUGCACCAGCUUCCUCAGUGACAGAGCUACAGAGAGUUGGGGAGAAAUUGAAUCUAGCCAAGAAGACAAAAGAGAGGCUUGCCUCAACCUCACUCAAACUAACUGAUAACAAAAAAAGGCAUGGGGUCACUCAUAUCUGAAGAAACUAUGGGCACAUUUUUGAGAUUUAAACUUCAGCUGUGGCCAAUGUUUUCUGAGGUACUGGGCCUAUAAAGUAGCAGUGUGCAAAUUUGAUUUGUGAGCUGGAUCUACUGAAAUCCUCCUUUUGAUGGCUUGGCAGAGGAAUUUGAUUGUGGAUAUAACUUUUAUUUGGGGGAGGUCAGAAUGGAUUCUAGCUGAAGAGGCAGAAGUAAAGAAUAUGCAACACACUUGCUUCAACUAAAGCCCAAGAGAACUGGAUUCACACUGCAUUGGGACAGCUUUUGGAAGAAGGCUUGAGUUUGGAGAUUAGACAGGAAGAACUUGUGUUUGUGCAGCUCCUUUCACACCCUUUUACAGCCAAUGAACGACUUUCAAAGUGUAAUCACUGUUGCUUCUCAGACAGGAGUGGCAGUUAGUUUGUUAACAAGCUCCCACAAGUAGUAUUGAGAUAAUGACAGGGUAAUCUGAUCUGACGUUGGGAAUUCCAUAUUAGAUUGACUUGUUCCCCUCAUGACCAGUGCCUCGGACAACCAAGAACGUAAACAAUGUUCGUUACUUGAUCAGUGAGACCUCACCAGUUUCUGAAUGGAGCAGAUUUGGAGAACCAGAAUUAUGUUUUUUGAGGAAUUGUCAAACAUUAACAUUGACAAGUGAAGGCCUGCAGAGAUAAAAGGGAAUACUGGGAAUUUGGGUUUAUCAAAGUUCCGCACCUGAAAGAGAGAAUAAAAUAGGUUAAUAUUUUGCAUUGAGUCUCUUCCCUUUCUGACAGAGGAUCUCAAAUGAAAUAUUUAACCUUGCCUUUUGGAAUAUAGUGUAGAUUAAUGCACAGCAGCAAAAUUGCUGCACUGAGAGUGUGGAGGGCCUAUUUGAAUUAAUUUAGUCUUACUUUACACCAUAAUCUGUAGGCUUUAGUAUUCUGUGCUGAAAACACAUGAAAUCUCUAAAUAUCUGUGAUACACACAUUGUGUUUGAGGGAAUGCAUUUAUUUAAUAGACCCUUUGGAUUAAAAUAUUCAUUGAAAGUAUCUUUUAUAUCCCUAAUUUCCUUUUCUGCUCUCCUGAAGCCACUAACUCCUGGCUCAGGCUGAUGUGGGGGCCUGUUACAGAAAACAUUCGAGCAUGGUGAUGAGCGGAGUUGGGUUGGGGGUUAAAUGAAGAAGCCUAAUAAAUACCAACAUAUUUUACAGCAGGAUCAACUAGACAUAUAGCGGGAGUGGGAGCCUCGACUGAUCUUUCCUUUCCAGGGCUCUAGUGUGUUUGAGACCAAUUGUAACCCCCCUCAACUAUUGCCCUGACUAUAAUCGGGUCACUUGGGACAGACUGAGCACAGAACCUCGCUGAUCUGUAUCACAGUGAACCAUUCCAAAGCAGGUACUUUUUAGUUUCUCAGUGAUUUCCCCAUUUAAUGCAUAGCUUUUGCAAAGUUGUGAAUAUAAGCUGCUGAUUAAAAUUAUCUCCAAAAUACAUAAGCACAUGAAAUCACCUUAUUCUCCCUAAUAUUAACAUACAAUUUAUAUUAUUUAUUUCUAAAAGUGUGGCAAUUUUUUUUUUACAAGUACCAAUUUUAAAGGGUGAUCUUGGAACUAAAAAAUAUAAAGUAUCAGAAAUGACAACACAGGAAAAGGCGAUUUGUUCCAUCUCAUCAGUACUCCUCAAUACGAACUUUUAUUUCUGAUUUCAUUUUCUUGCCCCCUUCCUUAUAUAUAUUUUUACGUUCCUCCUUUUCAAAUUUGUCCAAUUUACUUCAACCUGGUAAAAUGGUAGCUACUUUAAUUAAUGAGUUAAUGUCAAAAGACCUUUUUGAAUUGGACUGUUGCAACUUACAUUAAGAUAUGAUUUAAGCAUCAACAUUUAUUAUUGGUAAUAUUUGGAAGUUUCUGUUCCCAGAGAUGUGAAAUUUCACUUGUACCGAAAUACUGUUAGCUUUGGAACUGAGAGAUUGUGUUGUGCACUGAACUGCCUGUGUUUAUGUACAUAAUGUGUAAUAAAUCUGUUUUUUAAAAAAAA